UCAAAUCUACAAUCGCGUAGCUUGAUGUAGUUGUAGGGUAAUUUACAACAAAAGAAAUAUUUAAGUUUGUUUUCUAAUUAGAAGUUUUUAACUAGAAAGUACUUGAAAUCAUGAUAGAAGAAGAUAAUAAAACGGUAUGGUGUGGGAAUUUACCAGAACAAGUCACGGAAGAAUUACUAUACGAAUUAUUUUUGCAGGCAGGACCGCUAGAGAAGGUUAGGAUACCGCGAGAUCGAGAUGGUCGCCAAAAGAAUUUCGCUUUCAUCACGUAUUGUCAUGAAGUGUCUGUGCCUUAUGCAUUGAACUUGUUCAGAGGAACAUCUUUAUUUCAUCGGACGCUUUCGCUGCAGAGUCGAGGACGGAUGGUGACAUUGCCACCGCCUAUAAGAUGUUAUGGAUUGGAACCACCUUUAGAAUUUCCUCAACAGGGCAAUAUUGCCCAACAAUUUGUUGAAAUGGCAGAUCAUUUGAAAGAAGAUGAUUUCAAAAUACCUAAUCGCCAGGGACAUGACUCCACUGAUAGAUUGGUUGUUGCUAGUUUACAGGGUAACUGGUCACAUCGCCACCAUCCAUAUAGGCCCAAAGACAAUUCACUUAGAGAUGAUUACAGACCAAACAGAAAACAAGAUAACAAAGGCAAAUAUUCAUCAAACUGGAGAGACAGGAGGAAUAAGAAAAGCAGCUACCACAGAUAAUAUUUUCAUUUGGAUAGAUGCCAAUUUCCAUUGUACAUAUUUUUGUAAAUUACGUUUUGUCCCUAGGAUGGUGGUAGGUAUAAGAUUGAUAGAGAUAGAGAGAUGUAAUAGUUAAAGCAAAGUUUAAGAUGGUAAUUUUAUUGAUGUCUUUGUUAAUUAUCUUGAUAAUGUAUUACUUGUUUCCAAUUCCCUUUUGCCAGCUUUAUUAAGUAAAACUAACAUCACACCAAAAUGUUCAUGUGGAAGCCGAUAAGUAUUUCAAAGCAAGAUUGAUUCGUUAAACUGUUAAACAGGUGAUGAUGAUGAACAUGUUGUGUAAGGUGUUGGCUCUACUUUAUCUUUACACCUAUCAUUAUAAUUAACAAAGAAAGUUUGGAACCUUCAUUUUUUCAGCUUUGUCUGAAGUGCUUCCACAAAUUUUUUUUUAUUAUUUUUUUUUUUAAUCUCCUUAUUUCCCUGCAAUCUGCCCAGUUGGGCUUUUAACUGGUGGUUAAGAGGUUCAUGUAUUGUGACAUGUACGGAGAACACCCAGUGGUGUACCCGUCUUCAAUUAUUGCAUCCCUCAAGUUGGAUGUUUUUGCUGAGACAGGAGUAGGUCCUGUGGAGCUCUCCUUUUGAUGCGCUUAAAGGUGCUGGCAGACUUCAUAAGCUCACUAGCAAGCUUGUUGGGGUGACUCCUUAUGCGACGAGAAAACAACUUCAGUUUGCUUAUGACUUCCUCCUUCACUGGUCUUAUUUUUAAGUCUCGGUGUAAUUGGGUAUUACUUAUAUACCAUGGGGCAUUUGCAAUCAUUCGAAGCAUUUUUGAUUGAAAGUGUUGUAAAAUGUCCAAGUUUGAGUUGGCUGCUCCACAAAUUUGAAUAUGGACAGAUUAUCUUAUGCCCGAGUACUGAAAGGCUACUCAAAUCUUGCCAUCUCUGUCAUUUUACAGAGAAUUUGUAGUGACAGAGUUAUACUUAAGCGCAAAUUAAAAUUGAGUAGCCUAUCAGUAUUGGGGCAUUAGGCAAUAAAAAAGUUUUCUUUUAAAACUUAUCUUGUUUAUUGUUUUAUAUUUCUUAGCUAAUAGGACUGACCAAAAUGCUGUAUAAAAUAUUGUUACAUCUGCAUUUGUGUGCAAUAAGGUGUCUAAUUUUAUACACAUUAAAACAUAUUUCUGCUUAAUUGAUACAAAAUAGAUAUUUGUAUUUUUUAGGUAGCAGGAACACUGACACCUUUUUUAAUAAAGAAGGCAAAAAUGUAAAGUAUGGAUUAUAAUAAUCUAUAGAUUUUUAAGGUUUUCAAAUAAAACUGUUUUAUAAUUGCUA